AUGAGCUAUGGGGAGAUUCGCUGCCACAUAUGUGGAGUAUCCUUCAACAUCGGUCGCAUCCGCACGUCAAAUGAGCCGUUUUCCGCAGGGUGGCAUGGGUUGCUGUACCCGACACAUGGUUACGUCCCAUCGCCUGAGAACCAGAAUGAUUUCUGUCCUUCAGAUGCGGGAUGUCUGCUGUACAGCCGUUUUCUUCAUAUGCUGGAAAAUUCUAGUGAAGACUUCAAGAUGCUUUCCCAGCACAUAAACCCUAAGCACCCUCCAAGCGAAGGUCAGCUGAUUUGGGGCCGUCCUCGUUUCGAGCACAUAGCCGGUGGACUGGGCUGUAAACUCAACUCGAUAUGUCCAGAAUACGCAGGCUACAAUGGCCAUGCUAUCUCAGCAGAGGACAUGAAAAGCUGCAACACGCUCCAAUGCUUGAUUCUCAAGAAUCCUCAAUGGCGUGCCGAACCCGGUGACCAGGAUUUCGAGAUGAACGGUCAUUAUUUUCUCAGUGGUCUUACUGAAGCCGUGCCUACCCGUCAUAGUGCUGAUACUCAGGUAUUUCCAGUACGACAUGGCAUGUCCUCUCCACAUGCAGAUAAUAUCAUGUGGCUACCAGACGAGGACCAAGAAUAUGUCAUGCCAUUCCAUCCAACGUGCUUAGAGGUUUUUAAGCGCGCGUCGCUCCACCGACAUGGACGUAUCGACAUUGAUGGCCUCGCGGACUGGUGGGCACUUGAGGCUACAUAUGAUGAGUUUCAUCGUUUUCCACGUCAUCCGGCGGUAUCUUGGGAGGAAGUAUGGCGUCAUAAAGAUGGAGAUGAGUUUCUUGCUGCGAAUCCAUGCUUCAUUACACAAUUACCUACCAUACUAGAAACUGCAAGCCGGAUUGGUCAUAAAACCGUGGAUGACAGUUGUGCUUUCGCCGUUGAUGGCAUCUCUAACAGCCUGACGGAUGUAUUUUCCCAAUUACCCUGGGAGUUACGAGCUCAAAUUCUACUUGAACUGGGCUCACAGGAUGUGGCAAACCUGCGCCUCGCUUCACGCACGUUCCGUCACCUUCCGCAGUCAUUCUUUCGCUCCCACACACUCCGCCACAUGCCCUGGCUCUGGGAGGCCUGGUCAACGCUCGACUACUCCUUUUGGGCAACUACAACAGCCAAUGACUUAAAAUUCAAAAAGCAGAGUCAACGUGAGAGGCUGGCGGAUCUUCAAAUUGCGAUCGACGCUCUUACUGAAGAGGCCACAUAUGUCACAACUCCUGCUCCAUAUCUUUCAUUUAACAAGACCGAUUGGUAUCGACUGCGGUACGAGCUGGCACGGAACCAAAGCCAACUGUUGGGUCUGAAAAACAGACAGCGCAUCUGGAAGGACUGUGAAGAGAUACUAGAUCGCAUCGGUCGAUAUCGUCGUGAGGGCAAGAUUGUUGCUGGCCAGCGAGUAGACCCGCAAGCCACUGCUCAAGCCUAUUUUAACGAAGAAAGAAGACGCAACAGAGCAUGGGCUGCAUACUGCGAAGCUGGUCGACACGGUGACUUUAGCGUGGAUGACUGGGCGUAAGGUAAGUGGGAACAUCUAGCUCGGAAGGUUUAUUUGAUUUAGAAAGUUGUCAGUGUAAUAUUGUUAGACUGUAAAUAUAGAUGCUUGAAAAAGGGACAUGAAAUGUACG